GUUUGUAUUGCUAAGCAAUGGAUUUCGCCCUACGAUUUAUGAUUCGAUUUUAUUGGGUAAUAACGAAGCCGAUAUAAUUGAGAUUUUUGCGGUUAUGGAUUAUAGCACUUGCUUGAAAUUAUGUGAGUUUCACGUUGUAAAAAGUCACGCUAUGGAUUACUCUAUAUCUUAG